AUGUCGGCUAAGGAAUUAGGGGAUAUAUUGGCACAAUACGUAAAGGAUAGGCACCUAUACGGCAAUGAUGAGCUUUAUCAGGCCAGUUUAGACAAGGACAUCGGGGCCAUGCUCGGAGAGUUUGUUGAACAUAUGGAAACGAUGGAGUCACUUAUGGAGGCCUUGGGUGCAAACUGUGAUAAUUAUGGUUGGCAACAUUGGCGAACUCAUGCAACGCAUGCGCACGUGGGUUACACCGUAGGUGACAGGAUUGUGUGCAAGCUCAUGUCUGCGGCAUUAUUCUUUAUACAUACGAGGACCAAAGCCACGGGGGCACCAGACACGGAGAAUAACAAUGAUGAAAGGUUGAAGGAGUAUGUGGUGUGUGCCAUACUGAACAUGUUUGCAACGUUUUUAAAGGAGUCAGCAUGCGGCAGGGAGUGGGGUAUUUAUUAUGCAUGGUACACCAUGCAACAAAUGGACGCAUCCACGGGAGGCAAAAUGCAAAAGAUGCAUUGUGCAAAUGAAGUAUAUCAAAAUAUUCAAGCUGGACGAUGGUCUAUGGAGCAGAAAAUUAAACAAUGGUUAAGUACGAACACCAAACUACAGGAAACAAUGCGCAAAGCAGGUGUAAGCGAUAUCUGUAAAUGGGGACUCGAUAAGGACGGGCACAUAAAAGGCAGCCAGGGUAACGGAGAUGCAGCAACUACGAGGGAAAUGAAAGCCAAAAACGUAACGAAGAAAUUGACGGACGGUAUAAAGGACAUUUUUGUGGAAAUUAAGAACGAGGUUACGCAGAAGAUAGAAGGAGGAGGGAAUACUGCAACGACAUCGGGAGUAAAAGGGGUACAGACAACAUCGUCAUCAUCCGGAUCAUCAACAACAACAUCAACACCACCGGGCAAGUCAGAAGCGGAUAAAGCAGGAAAGGACAAGGAGAAGAAGAAAGAAGCUCCGCCGACUAAAGUUCCAGAAGCACCACCGAAGGCAGCCGAAGUACCACCACCAGUAUCACCAUCGGCCUCAGCAGAGACACAUCAGCCCGGGAAAGAUGCGGCCACGGGAGACGCAGGAGCACCACCAGGACAACCCGGGACUAAGGGAACAGUCUCAGGUGAUACCGCAUCAGCUAAGACAGGAACUGCAGUAACAGUCCCUGAGCCACCACCAAAACUAGAACCAGAACCAGAACCAGAACCGGAACCGCCGGCACCGUCCAAUGCAGGUUCUACAGCAACAUCAUCAGACACAACAACACCAUCACCUGCAGACGCGACACCAUCCACAGGACCAGCAGCGGAGGGUAAAACGAGUGACACGAAGCAUGCCGACCCCGGGGAAGCCGUCGUCACUGGCGUCGUCGAUGUCGGCAACGAUGACCCCCCUCCUCUCAAUCCACCCAAACCAAAACCGACCCCAGCGGCAUGGGAUGUUUUCGAUAUCCCCUGUAGUCCUGAUACUGGAAGAUGUGAUAUUUUCCGUGGUGCACAUGAAAACUUUAAUAUUGGGGUACUGUCUGGUCCUCCGACCCACAUGCACAGUAUAACGGGGUCAUAUGGACCAAAUCCGACGCCCAUUGAUCCACAUAGAACAGUUAUAAGUGAACAUCCACCUACGGGUCCAGGAGGUCCCGAUGGACCCGACCUAACCGCCGACGUCCUUACCGCCACUACUCCCGUCCUCGCCUUCGUCACUUUGGUCAUCGUCGCCCUUCUUGGUUAUUCCCUAUGGAAGUAUUUUGCGCACCUCGCCAAACGACGACGAACAUAUCGAACCGUUCGUGACGUGCCGUCACCGCUACUCGACGAAGACAUAUUGGACCAUCUACAACGAGGCGAACUGCCGCCACUCGAUUACGGGUACACCAUGGUGAGGCAUACGCAACCUGCAUCUGCUGCCGAACGACGACGACGUCAACCACGCGUGCAUAAACGCACCAUCAUCGAGCUAAAUCUAGAAGUGCUCAACGAAUGUGAAGCAACCGAAUGCGAAAACGUCAAAGACGACUAUUUGCAAAUACUCGUUGAAGCGUUUGCACAGGAUUUGAUGCGGGACGACCACAGGAAUAACAAUAUCUUGGGUGUUUCUACCACAAACGAGGGUUUAUCGGGGAACACUGUGUCAUUCACCAUGGAUCCACCCACCGAGUCCGACGGAACGGACCUUUCUCCGCCUAACGACGAGGACUCCGAUCCAUGGAAGUGUAUGGAAACCAUACAGUUAGCCACGGACCCUUGUCCAGAUGAUGACCCCGAUCCAUGGAGUUGUAUGGAAUCCAUACAGUUAGAAACGGACCCUCGUCGACCUCAUGACCCCGAUCCAUGGAGUUGUAUGGAAACCAUACAUACAGAAGAAGACCAGAGUCCCUCUACUGUUCCGGGGGACGCGACGUCGUACUGCACCCACUGGAUUAACUGGAUUGACCGCAACAAGCACCUAUUGCAGGCGUGCACGACGCAGCCGUGGUUUCUGCAGCUAACGUUGGCAUGGAAACAAUACCUGCGUGAGCACAUGGUGGCAAACGAGCACAACGUAGUAUCCGCGCACCGUGCACUCGGUGCGCGCGGCAAUAUCCCAUCCGCAGAGAUGAAGAAACUGCGGUUGUGGAAAGCAUGGGUUGCAAAGCAACAUGAGCUUAUGCAUAUAUAUGGUGAGGCGGAGUGGUUCCAACAUUUGUUGAAUACUGUAGCGGAGGACACAGAAUCGCACAAAGGCGACGUACCUGGAGUGGAACACAACUUAGACGUGGAAAAAGUAACAGCAGCAGCAGACACACUAAGAGUGCGAGUUGCACCACGCACGCACCCACUGCAUCCGCAACCUUACAUGCAAAAACGGGUAACCGCUAAAAUAUGGAUACUGAUCCUGGCAUUAGUCAUAGAACAGUGCGAAGUCUAA